AUGGCUGCUUUAUUUAAUGAAUCUCAGGAACAGGUCUUCAGCUUAUUGCUGAAGAAUUUGCCCCUCGACCCAAUGAAAUUAUGUGAUUCGGUUCCAUUACCAAACAGUGCUAAACCAGGAUUUUCACCUGUCUACAGAAACAAGUUUAGUCCAGAUAGAUUGAUCGAAAAUCCUCAUCCCUCUUUGAAUACUUUGAAGAAAAUAAUGGAAUAUGCGGAACAUACAUAUGCGGAUGAGCAAUGUUUUGGUAAGAGAAACGAAUUAGAAGAUGGUUCGUUCGGACCUUUUGAAUGGGAAAGUUAUUCACAAGUCAUUCAGAGACAACGUAACUUCGGUGCUGGUCUAUUUUUCAUUUUACUGAACAACCCAUUCAAGACUGAUUCUCCAGCCCACUUGAAAAUUGAUAAUCAUUUCACUAAAAGCAGCGAUGAUUCAUUCGUGGUGUCGAUUUUUUCACAUAACAAGCCAGAAUGGGUUAUCGCUGAUAUGGCAUGUGUCAAUUAUUCUAUCACAAAUACAGCUUUGUAUGACAGUUUGGGACCUGAAUCAUCGAAGUAUAUCUUGGAAUUAACAGAAAGUCCUAUUGUUAUUUGUACUAAAGAUAAAUUGCAACAAAUAAUUCAAUUGAAAAAAUCAUAUCCAAAUGAAUUAUCCAAUUUAAUUAGCAUUGUAUCUAUGGAUCUGUUAGAUUUGGCGCACACAAGCUCCACCGAUUAUCAAACACUCUUAUUAGCAAAGGAAUGUAAUGUUAGUUUGUUCGACUUCCAGCAAGUUGAGAAACUUGGUGAAAUUUAUCCAGUGCAUAAUAUUCCAUCUACUCCAGAAACUAUCUAUACCAUCUCGUUUACAUCAGGUACUACCGGUGCAAAUCCUAAAGGGGUUGUAUUAACCAACCGUAAUGCUGUCAGUGGUACUACGUUCUGUAUUACAAAUACCAUCGAGAAUAAAAAGUUGAAGACGCUUUGUUUCUUACCAUUGGCACAUAUUUAUCAGAGACAAAGUGUUUAUUUUGCUCUAUUCCAGGGGGUUGCAAUGGGAUUUCCGCAAUCUUCUUCGCCCUUAACUUUAUUAGAUGAUAUUAAAACAUUAAAGCCAGACGUUUUGAAUUUGGUUCCAAGAGUCUACACGAAAAUUGAAGCAGCAAUUAAAGCACAGACUACCCACAACAACGAAAAACCAAUGUUAAAAGCAAUUUUCUCUAAAGCUAUCAAUAAAAAAAUUGAAUUACAAAGCCAAGAAGAUGGAGAUGAGGGUAGCCAUAUUGUGUAUGACAGAGUAUUAUCCCUUCUUCGUAAGAAGCUCGGCUUUGAUAAUUUAAGUUUAUUUACAACAGGCUCGGCUCCAAUAUCUUCUGAUACUGUAAAGUUCAUAAAGGCGGCAUUCAACACAGGAUUAGCUCAAGGUUACGGUUCUACAGAGUCAUACGCUGGCAUUUGUUGUUCAUUAAGGUACGAAGCCAACCCUGGCUCAUGUGGUGCGAUUGGUGUUACAACUGAAAUGAAGUUGCGGGAUAUUCCAGAAAUGAACUAUUUAGCAAGCGAUGAGGGAGGACCAAGAGGUGAAUUAUUGAUUAGAGGUCCACAAAUCUUUAAAGAAUAUUAUAAGAAUGAAGAGGAGACCAAAAAAUCCAAGGAUGAAGAAGGCUGGUUUUACACUGGAGAUAUUGCUAGAAUCGAUGCCACUAAUGGAAGGUUGUACAUUAUUGAUAGAGUUAAGAAUUUUUUCAAAUUGGCUCAAGGUGAAUACAUCACACCUGAAAAGAUUGAGAAUAGUUAUCUUUCGUCAUUUCCAUCUCUUCAGCAAUUAUACGUCCAUGGUGAUUCCCUACAAACAUUCCUUCUUGCAGUUGUUGGUGUUGAACCUGAACCUAUUAAGAAAUGGUUGGAAACUAAAUGCAACAUAAAGCAAAGUGAGUUAUCCUCAAAUGAUGCAAUUGUUAAAUGCAUCAAUAAGAAAGAAAAUAAGACUACGUUCUUGCGUGAAAUGAAUGAGUCGAUUGGAAACUCUUUACAAGGAUUUGAAAAAGUUCAUAAUUUAUACAUCGAUAUCGAACCCUUGACCAUUGAAGCCAAUGUUCUUACUCCAACUUUGAAGAUCAAAAGACCAAUUGCUUCUAAGUAUUUUAGAAGCGAGUUUGAUAGACUAUACGAAGAAGGUUCUUUGAUUAGUAAGAACUCUUCGAAAUUUUAG